CAUUUAAACUCCUCAACACUCUCCUCAUUUCCGCUUCGCCGCCACAAAAAAUUCUGGUUUCACUCUCUCGUCCUUCAAAAUCCUAAUCCUAUAUUCCACCACCGCCGUCAACCAUGCCUCCAAAGUUCGACCCGACCCAAGUUGUCGACGUCUUCGUUCGAGUUACUGGAGGUGAAGUCGGAGCUGCCAGUUCUCUCGCACCCAAAAUCGGUCCUUUGGGUCUCUCCCCCAAAAAAAUCGGUGAAGACAUCGCCAAAGAAACCGCCAAGGACUGGAAGGGUUUACGUGUCACUGUCAAACUCACUGUCCAGAACCGUCAAGCUAAAGUCACGGUGGUCCCUUCCGCCGCCGCGUUGGUCAUCAAGGCAUUGAAAGAGCCCGAGAGAGAUCGUAAGAAGACGAAGAAUAUUAAGCAUAAUGGGAGUAUUAGCCUUGAUGAUGUGAUUGAGAUUGCGAAAGUGAUGAGACCUAGAUCUAUGGCUAAGGAUUUGAGAGGAACGGUGAAGGAGAUUUUGGGAACUUGUGUUUCUGUUGGGUGCACGGUUGAUGGAAAAGACCCUAAAGAUUUGCAGCAGGAGAUUUCUGAAGGGGAAAUUGAUGUUCCCUUGGAGUAAACAAAGAAAAAAGUGAGGGUUUUUUUGGGAGGUUUUUGGUUUAAUAAUUGUUUUGAUGUUUUCUUUUUUUAAGAUUAUGUUUUUAUAAGUUUUGGAUAAUUGUUAAAAAGAUGAUGAUCAAGUAUCUUAAGGGGUUUAAUGAUUAUGAAAUUUGUGGAGGAUGGUGGGGCUUAUAUCUUGAAUCAGGAGAUGUAUGGUUUAAAUUUUGCUCUAGGUGAUUUUGCUUAUUGUAGAACGAAUAUUGGGAUGGAAUCUUAAUUUUGAUAAAUGCAUUUUCUGAUGCACUUAGAUUGCUUC